UGCGCAUGCGUAGUCAAUGUAAAAUAUUCGCCAGAAAAUGGCGUCAAACUUUCAUGGAGGCGGCUCACAAAGCCCAACGUCGCUUUCCAAACCGAUAGAACGUGUUUUUGAGGAUGCACAGCAUACAGGGGAAAUAAGUUUAAGUUGCAGAAAACUCCGAGAAUACCCAAACCUAGCUGCGAAAUAUGAUUUGAUUGACACAAUUUCGGCAGAUGUGUCUAAGAAUCGGUUAUCAGAGGUACCAAAAGAAGUGUGUACUUACAUAUCUAUGGAGAAAUUAGACUGCUACCACAAUGUGAUUAAAUCUAUACCAGAAGCUAUUGUUCAACUCCAAGCUUUAACUUAUCUCAAUCUUAGUCGGAAUCAGCUGUCGAUCAUUCCGUCCUUUAUAAGUCAACUGCAGGCAUUAGAAGUACUGAUAGCUAGUCAUAAUCGUCUUGUCUCACUGCCGGAAGAGUUAGGGGUACUGGAUAAACUUAUGGAACUUGAUGUUAGUUGUAAUGAAAUUUCACACCUUCCUCUACAAAUUGGCGAUCUCAAAUCACUGAAAUCUAUGAACGUUAGACGCAACAUUUUACAAGAACUCCCAGUGGAAAUCAGUAAAUUAAACCUCAGAAAACUGGAUAUAUCUUCAAACAGAGUGUCAAAGAUUCCAACUGUAUUCCGCAAGAUAGAAACAUUAGAAGAUAUUAUACUAGACAAUAAUCCAUUAACUACCCCACCUGCUCAUGUAUGUACAAAAGGCAAGCAACAUAUCAUGAAAUACCUACACAUCAUAGCUAUACGAGAAGAGAAAGCCCGAAUGGGAAUGCUGGGCGAGGUAGAGAUGAAAAGAUUCAGAAAAUCAUUGCCACCUACACAGUCUGUAUCUUCAGAAGAGUUUAGAAAUCUUAUGGAAUCUCCAGACAAGUGGAAACGUCAUACUGUACUGAGUAGUGAUUCUGGUUACAGUACAACAGAUAGUGUGGAUAAAUGUGGCUGGUCCCCACAGGAAGGCACGGCCGACCCUCAACAUCUUAUUGAUAGUAACAAUCUUGCAAUGCGAGCCGCGGCUGCAGUAUGCAGGGAACAGAGAAUAUACACACCUGGGUGGGAACCUCGGCGCGACCCUCCAGAACCACCACAGCGGAUCAAUAGUCGGUUGUCUACAGAGAAACCAGAAAAACCUUCACCGCCAAAUACAUUGACGCCGGGGUCAUCAUCUUCUUCGACAAAGUCACAAUUUUCGACACCUCCUACCCCACCCACUCUGUAUCCAAGCAAUCCCCCAACCCCACUUACACCCCCGACUCCACAGGGGCCGGGACCCGGUAAGGCAGGCGAUGCCCCUACUAUACUGGGCACCAGCUUGGAAGAUGAAUUUACAAGGGAAUUACAGCGUCAGAAACAGGAGUAUGAGAAUCGUAAGAAGGUGGCGGAACAGUUACGUAUACAACAGGAAGAGGAGGAGGAGAGAGAACAGCGACGACGCGCCGCUCAGCGCAUACAAGACGAACAACAGGCCAUGCUGAAUAAACAGCGUGAAGAGGCUGAAGAAAUGAAAAGACGGGAAGAAGAACAUCGCCUGGCCGAGGAGGCUCGUAAAGCUGCCGAGGUCGAGGCUAGAAAGGUUGAGGAGGCGAGGCAGAUUGACGAGGCUCGGAGGGCAGAAGAGCUGAGACGGCAGGAGGAGGCACGGCAACAUAAAACAGAUAAUAAAGUACUGCGUGCAAGGCGACAUACAGUUGAUAACUGUCUUAGUUUCUAUUUUAAAACGAACGCUUCUUACAACUACAACAACAGUAACCAUGCAUGGCCGCCACCUCCUUCUCCAAUAGCCAAUCAGCAUGAAGCUCGGAAUUCUCCCGUACCCUCGCACAGUGAGCCGCGUAGUCCUAUAAGUCCAAACCAACAUUCAGUGGAACGAACAAACUUUCAUAAUAAUUAUCCACAUUCUCAAGCUGGACCCAGUGAUCAUUUAAAAUCCUCAAGUCCAGGCCAUUAUGGACCUGGCCACAAUUAUAGAAAUUCUGGACAGCAAAGUCCUAGUUAUCCUGGACAAAGUUUUAAUGGACCCAGCCGUAGUGUUCAUGGACAAAGUCACACUCCCCAUGGACAAGGUUCAGUUUAUCAGAGACAAAAUUCAGGACAUUACGGACAUAGUGAUAGAGGUCAGCAAAGUCCUGGAUAUUCUCCACAAAGCUUGUACCAGGGUCAUGAGCAAUACCGUCAUGGUACAAGUAAUGGACCACACAGCCCUGGUUAUAGUACCUCAAACCAUGAACUGCCCAGGUCUCAUGCAAACAGUCAAUAUGUAAACAGCUACAGUGAUUCUUCUACGGGUACUAACCAAUAUGGACAUGGUGGUCAUCGGCAUGUUCCCAGUGAAUCAAACACUUCGCCAAAUGCCAGUAUUCAACUUUACCAAAACGUACCUAGAGUCGUCUCAACAAAUGAAACAAGUUCUCGGAAUACCUCAAUGUAUCGAGAUCACUCGAGCCAGCAUGCGCCAAUGAGUCCUUUGAGAGAACAGGCUGAGCCGACGCAUUUAGGUCAUCAUAGCAACCAUGAGCAUGAUCGCUAUGGCAACCAGGAGCAUGGUCGCUAUGGCAACCAGCAUGAUAGCACUAACAGCAUGCCUCUAGAUACCUACCCUCACUACAGGAAGCCAACUGUUAGUGCGUCAAACAGUUUUAAAGAAGAGAGACGGCCCGGUGAGGGGAAUCAGCCAUACAGGAGGACUGUGUCAGACUCCAACCAGAGACUGCCAGCCACUAGUCAUCAAAAUCAUGGGUCCCCACUAACAAAUGGACCUAUAGAGGAACAGAUAAGUGUCAACGGAACAACUUCCCCUCAUCCUACAGCCGGUGAAGCUCUCAAUACAUCAUUUAACUCCACCAAAUCUACCCCUCCACAUGGUGCACCAUCAGUCAAUGGUCCAACAGAUGACCGACCAAAAACUCCGCAAGGAUCCGGAGUGGCUAAGAGAACCAAACCAGCAGAGAGGGGCCAGGCACCGGCGUCGAGGGUAUCGAAGCCUGCUGUACGUACACCAGGACCAGCUACAUCUUCACGGAGUGCGUUGCCAACUUCUAAAAGAUCUAAUCUUAAUCAGGAUGAAGAGUUACGUAAAUCAAACACUAGUUUAAAGUCAGGGGACACAAACAAACCUAAAGGGGACCAGAGGUUGCGGUCAAUACAGAAGGAUGCUGUAAACAAUUAUAUGAACAGACGAUCAUCAGGAAGUACAAGCAGCGAGGAUGACAGGAAAAGGUCGACACCAACUCGAUCACUGGCGUUACAAAACCCAUCAUCGGCUUCAUCAACUUCAAAACGUUCUGGGACAGGUAUGUCAGGCACCACGCGUCCGACCACUACCACCACUGGUGCUAAACGCACAAAUCCCACUUCACGUGUGACGCCCACCACGUCCCAGACUUCUUCACGUAGAAGUCGUCAAAACUCUACGUCAUCCACAACAUCAGUGUCUUCGACCACCGCUAAGUCUAGUGUAGAUAAAAGUAAAAGAUCGGGAGCAGUGAUGACCACGGCCCAAGUGAAGUUAUUGGAUGAUUAUAGUAAAGAAGCAAAUGGACCGAACUAUACGUUACGGAGAAACCAAGAACACCAUAAGGAAACCAUAGAACAAAUGGAAAAACUGAGAAAAACUAUAUCAACACGGUUAAAACGAACACUGCCAGAGAAUCUGUCGGAGGCAUUAAGUGAUGGGGUAUUAUUGUGUCAUCUAGCCAAUCAGAUACGACCAAGAUCUGUGGCAAGUGUACAUGUACCAUCACCGGCUGUGCCCAAAUUGACGCCACCAAAAUGUAGAAAGAAUGUAGAAAAUUUUCUAGAAGCCUGUAGGAAAAUAGGUGUACCAAAGGACUGUCUGUGUGCAUGUGACGAUAUUGUUGACUGGUGUCGGCCUGCUAGUGUCGCUCUCCUGGUGUCGGAAUUAACCCGUCUGUCUCCGCUAAUUGCUCGACGUGAUGUCCUCAUAACCUACCUCUGUUUAGCAAUAUUUGUAGCCACUUGCUAUUUCUUGUACUUGCAUGGUGAACGGUGACGGGGAUUUAUGUUUUUGUCUAUCAAGAUCUCUUAUUCUUCUUUAUUCAGGAACUGUACUAUAUAUAUAUAUGUGUCACUUUCUACUUACAUAAACAGAUCUGACUUUAUACAGUAUUUGCUAGACCUGCUUUAUUGUUGUUUAUUUUACGCAUGGUGACUGGUUUGAUUUUCUUCUGAAUGUAAUGGAAACUGAGAAAGUUCUGUUUUUUAGAUGGAAAAUGUAAUGGUAGAUAUUUUUAGAAAUUUUUAUGAAAGAAAAAAAGCUUCAUUGAAGCUCCUUCAAAUACUUUUUUGUAAUAAUCAAAAGGGCUGGCAAUGAUGUUGACAAACAUUUAAAAAGUUUUUUGAGGUACAAAUACAAUAGGAUGAAGGUUUUAAAAUUAAUACACUUUUCACAUUGAUCCAAAAUUUAUGAUAGGAGUUUUGGUCAAACAAAUGAAGAUGGAAAAUGCAUGUAGAUGGAAAAUGUUAUAUGCAUUACCGUAAUGCACAAUACUUAGGUGUUUUCUCAGUUUUCAUAGCUAGUGAGAAUUAUAUAACAUCUGAAUGGUUUUACAUAGUUACUAACUUGAUUGCAUUUUUUAAUAGAAUGCAUUUUAUUGUUUAAAAUUGUUACAAACAAUACUCCUAUACUUUUGUUUAUUGUUAAUUUAGUAUUUGUGUCUUAUAAUUUUAAAGAAGAAACUAAAUUUCAUGUGCUUCAUGCAAGAUGUCGGAUGUUUUUCAUACAAGUUACUGCCAUUUUGUUUAAAGACAACAUAAUGUAUUGUUAUUGGGAGCACAUCUAGUUUAGCGGACACUAGAUAUUGAACAAUAUUGGCACGAUUGUUUAUUUGGUACUGUCAUCUCAACCGCUCUUUUUAACAUAUUUUUUUCUACAACUUCAACAAAUUUCAGUAUAACAGCAUAAUAACACAUUUGAUUAUAUCUGGGGUCCGCUAACCUACAUUGUACUUGUAUCUUUUAGUUGUUUAAUGUUAACAUGCAGUGUCUUUAGGUGUAAAUGCUCCUCAAAAAGUUUUUGGUAGGGCAUUUAGUUGCUGCUUUGUCUAUUGUCUUUACAUUACUCUAUCUUACUGUCAUAAAUAGCACCUGUAUUUACCGCCUGAUAACUUAAUACAUUUGGAAUUUUGGUGUUAGGUACAUGUAGCAUCCAUGGUUUGCUAGUUUUGGGUUUUAGGUAGAUCGGGAUAAGGUCAUCAUGGCUAAAACUAGAAAUUUCAUGAUUGUAGUCAUAGUAUAGCCAUUUUUCAAAGCUUUGUCAACUAGGCAUUGUGGAAGUAUAAAUAUUUUGCUGUGAUAUUCAUGUUGGACAGAAAGAAAGGAAGAAGAUUUGUUGCUUCCGGGUUUCAUUAACAAUGAUAAUUCUGCUGAUGUUAAAAACAGAUAACGAUAUUUAUAUCAAGUCAAGAAGUG